CCCGUCGCGUGCAUUCCACUUGGAGAAAGACGAACGCAAACAAGAAGGGUGUUUGAGACGACUUCUUGAAGAACAGAUGAUUCCUGCUUUACCUGUGUCUAGCGGAAGCGUUGACGAUGAUAUGAUUGUCCUUGACGAUUAUCAUGAUGAGGACACCGCUGCCAAUGGUGCCACUGCACUCCCAGUCCAAGCACAAGAUCUAGGAGAUAAUCGAGGAUCUCCACCAUCAAAAGCAAAGGACGUGCAACUCGACAAAAAUGAAGAUAAUCAUGAACAGCGGCAGCUUUCAGAUCCUGGUCUCAGGCAAGCAAUGGCCCUGCUAGCGUCAAUGCCUCCGAAUGAGCGCGCAUAUGUCAUCUUCUUAAAUAAGGACCGAGGCGAAGGCGAUGAAAAUAAGAAGGAAAGUAAGGAGAAAGAGAAAGAUGAUAGCGAGCUUGAAGAAGAUGUGCAAGAAUUUCAUACUCCACCAAGCUCUCCGUCUCCUAAACCUAAUCCUAUCCAGACGAGUUUUUUGAUUGAGAGGCACCAGAACGAUGAAGACCAUCAUGAGGACAUUUUUUACAGUCCAUAUGCGUCUCCAGUGACAUCAAGGAGGCCGACUUCUAUUGAUGAUGCACAGUCGCCGCCCUCGUCACCAGUUUCAUAUCUCCGGCAAGGCAAGGAAGAUCCAGCAUGUGGGCUCAAAAAGAUCAUGCCGACCCCUUCUACUGCUCCACCGACGUCAAAUGAUGCCGACGAUGGUUGCACUUCCAUGGCUCCUGAUGUAGGAGCUGCAACUUCUACCUCCUCAGCAUCUUCGAGCCCUAUUGCCGCAAAAGAGGACCAGCAAAAAGAAGAAGCAGAACAAUCUCUUCUGGAAAAGUUGCGUGGGAUUCAACUUAUUUACCAAGAAGACAUCCUUCUGACACAGUUGGAGUUUCGUGUGUCAUUGUCCGAAGGUGGUCGCAGCAAUUCUUGGGGUGAUGUUUGGGAUGACUGUGCGAGAUUUGAAGUUUUUGUCCUCCUUGAGAGUGCAAAUAGCCUACGCGUCUUUUCCGCUGUGCCACUGGGAAGAUCUUCGUCUAUCGCAUUUGAACCUCAUAAUCCUUUUGUUGCUGAUGGUAAUAUAAUCCAUGAUCGUCCAGUAGUUCACGGACGAAGAGACGGCGCUUUAUUCCGGGAAGAAGUUAGCGAAGCAACAGUGAUGGUCUGCAACAUACCCACAAACUUGUUGUUGGACGAUGCGCAUCAUGAGAGCUCUCCUCCGUUGUUUUCAGUCGCCGACUUAGAGGAGGUCUACUUCUUGACCGAAAGUCAUGGCUGUAGUGAAGUAGAUCGAGGUUUUAUGAAAGAAGAAAGUGUGCUCACACGCAAAAAAAGUGGCUAUUUUCCUACUUGAAUCCUAGCCAAUUUCUUGAGUGUGAGUGCACUUUCUCGCUUCAUAGGUUUGAUUGUGGAACGCGCCCGCGCCAUGGAUGCUGUUUUGCAGGAUAGUCGAAGAGUUUUGAGAUGUGAAGAUACUGACCUGGUGCUGCAAGAUUGCGGUCGUGGCGGCAGUGCUGCUGCGACAAGAAACACUGGUCCUCCUGAGUCAGAAGUUGUAUCAUCUGGUGCAAGUAGGAGUAGACAAGCUUCCAAAAAGGCUCGAGUUAGAGAGUUACGCGUACUUGUGAGGGUCCAUGCCUUGCGUGGAUGUGCUCCAUCGUGGGUGCCGUUUGAGCUUCAAGGCUUAAUCCACAUGCAGAAAGCAGAUAUUGCGAAUGACCUCUUCCGCAUGGAUUAGUAGUAAGC